UAAGUAAAAUUGCCUAAAAAAUGCCGGUUCGCAUAAGAGCUUUGCUAUCGUUGGAGGGCUUUUCACAAUUUUCCAUUGAAAACAAAUCAAUGUAGGAACACUGACCAAUCAGUUUAAUAGACACGAUAACGUUUAUUCCGGUCUGCCCAUAAAAGUAUUAUUCUAGUUGUUAGCUGUUGCCAGCGACGGAUAACCUUGAGCGGUUUCAACAUCCAGAUAUUAAUUAAUUGAACUGGAAAUUUUAAUAAAACCGCAAGACAUCCGCUGAAUCAGUUGGAAGCUUUUGCGUUGUUAUCACCCAGCCGGCUUGGUCAUCAGUGAUAACAGUUCGACAAAGUAGUAUUGUCAUCGUUUUCGGCGGACACGUAACAUGGAUGACAUAGUUCCCGAUGUUGUGGAUGCGGUUCCCGCUGGAACCGUGCAGGUCACCUAUACUGGGGACCUUCCGGUGAAGCAGGGCAAUGAGCUGACCCCCACCCAGGUGAAGGACGUGCCGAAUGUCAGUUGGUCUGGCUUGGAGGGAAAGUCCAACCUGCUCACCCUUCUCAUGGUGGACCCCGAUGCUCCGACUCGUCAGGACCCGAAGUUUCGGGAGAUCCUGCACUGGGCUGUGGUCAACAUUCCGGGUGGCAAUACCGAUCCUUCUGGUGGCUAUCCCUUAGUAGCCUAUGUUGGCUCGGGUCCACCAGAGGGCACUGGCCUGCAUCGCUACAUUUUCCUGCUUUAUCGUCAGGAGAACAAGAUCGAGGAGACUCCCACUAUUUCCAACACCACUCGAGCAGGCCGUUUGAACUUCAACGCCCGGGACUUUGCUGCCAGACAUGGAUUGGGGGCUCCCAUAGCCGCUAAUUAUUACCAGGCGCAGUUUGAUGACUUUGUGCCAAUCAGGAACAAAACGUUCACCGGCUAGAUUUUUGCAUAUCUCAUGCCGGGUUUUCUAUUCCCAGUCAAUAAAGUCUAACCAAUCGCUUA